AUGGCAGAGUUUAGCUUGAUGACGAGAAUUCAUGCCAGAACUGCGAAUAAGGAUGAUAUGCUGAAGGCUUUUAACGAAUAUUUCAAUCAUAAAGUCAAUACAGAACGAGCGGUUAAUAAUAUUGAGGCGGGACAUGCUUUGAGGACUUUGAAUUAUCUCAUUAGUUGUGGAUUAGGAAAGGAACAUGUCAAUGACCUGAGGAUGGCGUUGAGGGCAUUGACAAUCAUUCCUAAUGAUGACACGAACGAUUUUCUGGCCUUGGCGAGACUUCUCUUUCAGGAGAUCAAAAAGUUGUCUGGGUCUAACGAGGAUGCGCCGAGUUUUCAAUUUAUAAAGAUAUUGAGUGGCGUUGGACAAUCUUCUGAGGCGAGAGAGCUCUGUGAAGAGGUCACUCAACGCUUUUUAGAAGAACAAGAAACGGCUCCUCAAACUGGAGUAUUGGUAUCUCGACAACGACAAUUGCUGAAAAUGAACUGGUAUGCGGUUUUAUCUGGUUUCGCACGAGAAGGUAACGAGGCCGAGCUUUUGAAGACAUAUAAGAGAUUUGAUGAGCUGCCAUUGGGGCGUGGGAAGACGAGCAAUGAAAUUGUCAUAAAGUUUUAUACCUCGAGAGACCGUGUUGCGGAAGUACAAGCAUGGUUUGGAAAGGCUGCAUAUGUUCCGACAGACCUCAGUCCGAGUAUAUUGCAAGACAUACUGAAAUUCUGUCUUCGACAUGAGGAGCUGCUAGAUUGGUGUAAAGGAAUCUUUCGUAAGGUACUGGAGGCAGGUCGAAUGCAGAAAGGGAAAUGGGACGUCGUGUUUCAAUGGGCCGCGAGUGCUAUGGACAAAGGGGUUGAAGAUGUGGAACGCAUGAUGCGUGUUAUGGAAAAACGCAAUCCGGACGAUCCAUCUAUGAGACCGGACAUCGAUACCAUCAAUGGUUUAGUCGAGUACGCAAUAUCAAAGAACGAUCCAUAUCUUGCAGAACGUUAUAUCGCAUUAGGGCAAAAAUUCAAUAUCCGUCCAAAUGCAAGAACAUUUAUUCUACAGAUGGACUACCGGGUUGGUGCAGGCGAUCUUUCCGGCGCUCGAGCAUCUUAUAAUUCGCUCCAAGCAGAGGAGAUUACCAAGGACGAGGAUCUGCCUGUUAUCAAUAAAUUCGUCCGAGCUCUCUGUGCUUCAGAGGUUCUACCUUAUAACGAGAUUUCAUCAAUCGUUUCCGAUCUGGACGAACGUAAUGCAAGGUUAGAAGCUGACACGGUUUCGUCACUAAGCAAAAUGUAUAUUACCCGCAACGAACUUAAUGAAGUUGUGGAUUUAUUACAAGUUAAUACUUACCACUAUACCCUGUCAGAGCGAACUCGAAUAUGCGAUGCAUUACUUGCUUUUGUCUUUGACAAGAAUAACAGCGAAGAUCGUAUUUGGGAUGCUUAUCGUGUUGUUAUUCAUAUCUUUGACGAGACUGAUGUUCCCACACCAUCAUGCGCAGAUGGCGAGUCUCUUGAUAUGGUUCACAAUAUGUUGAAAAUGGACAGUACCAUUGAACCCAAUACACGUCUUUACAAUUCUUUAAUGCUGGCUUAUACAGCUUGCGAAGAUGCUAGUCGAUCUUUACAUUUCUGGGAUGAUAUCACGAAUUCUCGUGAAGGGCCUAGUUAUAAGAGUUUGGAGAUAGUAUUUCAAGCGUGUCAGAGGAAACCUUUUGGAGAUCGACCAGCGAGAGAAAUUUGGGAUAAGAUGAGGAGAAUGGAGAUUGAGAUUACCAGAGAGGUUCAUGCUGCUUAUGUUGGGGCAUUGGCUGGACAGGGAAAGCUCGAUGAGGUUAAAGUGUUAGUGGAGGCCAUGGAAAAGGAUUUAGGGUUUGGUCCGGAUAUUUUGACUAUCGGUACUAUAUACAACGCAAUCCAAGGUUCGAAUAGGAAAGAUUUGGUGGCGGAAUGGACAAAGGAGUUAUAUCCUGAGGUAUGGAAGGAGGCGGAGAAAUUGGGAUUUUAUGAACAUGAAGAGGGUCAUAUGGUAUUGAAAAUGCCGGAGAAGAAACUUAAAGCUUAA